GCGCACGGAAUUUUUAGGCCCGCAGAGUGUGUGCGCUCUCUGGGGUGGGCGGAUCGUUAGCUGUGACAGCGACGCUCGGAGACUUCCUAACAAAGCUGUCAGAAAACAAACAACUAUCGCCAUGGCAGAGUUAGACCUGAGUCUGAGCGACGCGCUGACGGACAGCCCUCCGCAGCCCGGCCCAGAAAGCAAGGUGGAGAGAGACUUUGUGGCUCAGCUGGAGGCCGAGGCGUUCGACGAUCAGGUCAAGGAGACGGUUGGAAAGACGGACUACAUCCCCCUGCUGGACGAUGACGACAAAAGGGCAGACGCUGGGGCUGCUUUGGAGAAUGGAGAGCAGGAAGCUCAUGGGGUACAAAAGCCUGCCUGCAUGGCAGCUCAUUCUGAUUCCCUGGCCUCUCACAGCAGCCCUGUCCAAAUGAUGGAUUCUGGCCAAUUGGGGACUUUCCCAGGCUUCUCCCAGCCUGGAGGGAUUGGAAUGAAUGUGGAGGUGGGAGCCGCGCCUCUGCAAGCCCAGAAGCCUGCGAGUAUUUCAGAGCCGCAGUUUCCUUCUCCCCAAGCCGGAUCAGACGUCCCAAAAGAUCUCAGCGCCAUGCUGCCACAGCCCCAGGUCCCUCACAGCCCCCUGGACGUUUCAGCAGGUUCCUUAGAUGACUCUUGGCAAGACCAGACUGGCUCCCUAUCAACAGACCCACCUUUCACUCCCAGCAUUUCCGUGAAGUUUUCUGACCAGUCCGAUCAGCUUGCAGCCAGCCAAGAAGAUACGCCUGACAGCUGGCCCAGCCGUGAGAGCACCGCCUAUGCUGGAGGCGAUGAAAGAGACACAGAUGGAUCUGACAGAAAGCAGAAGAAAAAGAAGAAAAGGCGACAGAAAGAUGAGGGAUCAUAUGAACAACACGAGGGCAGGGGUCAGCCAGAGACACAAGGAGACGGAGAAAACACCCCUCCGACUGAGGAGUUUUAUCAUAGAAUUGGCCCAAGAAGAGACAGGGUAGAGGGUGGCUGGGAAGAGCAACUUGGGAAAGGCGGAAGCCGUGGGAAGAAGAGUAAAAACAGGAAAAGGCUUCCAGAGGAAUGGGCAGUGACAGCAGAGCCAUUUGUUCCCGCUUCAGUGACUGCCUCCGAAAGUAAAGCAAAAGUAACGGUGGAUCUUGGCGGCUCAACGAGUGAAAGAAUGGAGACGUCAGACAUGGACACCAGCCAAAACACCUGGAAGAAAGAGGAAUCCUCCCCUUUGUCCCAGGAUUUGUUCUCUCCAAUGGCUGCAACCGUCAGUCCACUGGUCCUGAACAGUGAGCUGAAUGCAACAGCUGCUCCAUUCACGAUGCCGUCUUCCGCCAGCAAAACAACCCACAGCUCCUUCCCUGAGGCUGCUUCCUCUGGGGAUCUUGUUGACAUCCUGAUGGACACUGAAAAUGCCGAUUUGGGCCAAAGCAAUCAAACCUUUUAUCCUCCUCUCUCAGAGAAUACAGGAGCAGUGGGUGACAUGGUGGACAGUGGGAGGUUUGACUGCUCAAGCUCCUUUCAAGAAUCUUCUAUGCAAAGCAUUUCAGAGGGAGACACCUCAGCUUUCAGCCCUGCUUCACAGACAAGCCAGGCCCUUUCCCCCAAAGGUGAGGUGCUGGCUUCAGCCCCACCUCUAUCACCCUCGAAUGUUUCAUGGCUGCUGAAUGACUCCCAGCUAAGCAGCAACAGCGAUUUAUUUGAUUUCAGUGACCAGAGUGCUGCAGGUCAUCCUGUACCGCUGGGCCUGUCCUUUAACACCCCAAGCCCAGCACCUCUUCGCUCACCCAAAACCACAGCACAAGAAUUCCAGCCUAAGCCCAAAGAUGGAACAUCAGCCCAAAAGCAGCCCAGAAAGUCACUUUCUUCAUCUUCGUCCCCAUCUGUUAGGAGUCCCACCUCCCCAGAGGCAAAGCUACUCCCACAGGCAUCCCCUGUUGCUUCACCUUCCUCUCCUCUUUCGGUCACUGCCGCUGGAGUUCCAGCAUCUGGUCUCAAUCCUGCAGCAAAGCCUUUCUUUCCCAGCUUUGCCGAUCCAAUGGAAGACACAGCUGUGGUCCCUCCAGUUGUCCCCAUCGUGGAAGUUAAAUCUGACAAGACAGAGACGGCAGAGAAGAAGGAAGACAAACAGGAGGAUGAGGUGAAGAAGGUGGAGCCAUUUGAUGUCCUGAACAAAGCUGAGCACGGGAGCGUGAAGGUUGAAUUCACAACUAAUGAAAGUCUGGUCAGAGUGGCGAACGAGGUAGAAAAGAGCAAGGAGAAAGGAAAAGAUCAGGAGGAAGAAAAGGCUGGAGAAGAAAAACAAGCAGACAAAACGAAGGAGACGGAGAAGCAGGUGGAAAAGGUGGAGGAACAAAAGGAAACGGAGGAGGCAAAAGAGAAGAUGCAGAAAGUGGAAAGUGUUCAGCAGAAGGAAGAAAAGGAGGACAAAGCACCCAAAGUAGAAGAAUCCCCUGUCAAAGUGGAAAAGCCAGAGAAGGUGGAGAUGAUCGACAAGGUGCAGAACAUGGCUGACAAUGUGGAGAAGACCAACAAUGAUGAGAAAUCUAAAGAGGAACAGAACAUGGAGAACAAACACAAUGAGAAAACAGAAAAGGUGGAUGAAAGUGAGAAGUCUAAAGUGGAAGAGAAGAAAGCGGAGAGCAAACCCAGUGAAAAAGCUGAAAAGGUGGAUGAAAGCGAGAAGUCCAAAACGGAGGAGAAGAAAGCGGAGGAUAAACUCGAUGAGAAAGUGGAACAUGUGGAAAAGCUGGAUAAAGACCAGGCUUCUAAAGUGGAAGAAAAGGCAGAAAAUAAAACGUGUGAAACGGCAGAAAAAGCAGAGGUAAAGGAUGACAAGGAGUUGCACAAAGUGGAAACGCCUUCAGAGGAACAGCCAGCACCCAUCAAGCCUGACCCCACUGAUGACAAGAUGGAGACGAAGGCCAGCGUGGAGGUGAAACCUGAAGCGGCAGCAGAGAAGGAAAAGGCCGACGCGGGCGAAGCCAAGAAGACGGAGAAACAGGAUGGGGCAGCCAAGGCUCUGGGGAAGCCUGCUGUAAAAGAAGCACAGAAGACAGAAAAGGAGGAGAAGCAGGAUAAAAAGACGGCAGAGAAGAAAGACGGCAAGAAGGAAAAUGCUGUCAAAGGAGACGGAGACAAGGCCAAAAGACCUGUGAAGGCUGCAACCAACGGAGGCAGCUCAACAGCAAGCAAGGACCUCACCAGUGGAAGAAGCAAGCCUGCCGCAGGGGCCACCAAACCAGUAGGCGCCAUCAAAAUGCGGCCAAGCACGGCUCCUGCCGGCGGUUCCGCCACAAGCCCCACCAAGCGCCCCACAAGCGCCACCACCAGCAGCACCACAGACAAAAAAAACGCUACACUCAAGCCAGCUUCCACAACCGCGGCAGGGCCUAAGCGGCCCCCUGCCAGUUCCACUAGUCGCCCAUCGUCCCUGCCCUCCUCCACAGGCACACGCGAAGUUAAGCCCAAGGCCAACACAGAGAAGCGCCCCCUGCUGUCAAAGGCCAGCAGCGCCACCACGAGCCAAACUGCGUCCGGCCCUGCUACCAAAAACGGGACGGCCAGCGCCACAGCCAACAAAACCGCUUCAUCGGUGCGCACAGCCACGGCCACUCGCACAACUGCUAAUGCUGCAACCAAAAAGCCUUUGGCCUCUAAAACAGACAGCAAGCCGGGAGAAGAGAAGAAGCCCAUCACUGUUAGGACUUCAACAGCUGACUCUACCAGGCCCAAGACCACUACCACCACCUCAAAGAGCACGACUUCUACCACCGCUGCGUCUCGCACUCGAACAACAACAGCAGCCAAACCAGCUACGCUGUCCUCCACCACGGCACCAGAAAAGAAGCCCUCUGUGCCCCGUACCUCUCGACCCACUACAUCAGCCACAUCUACCACAACAAGCACCACCACGAGGCCCACAGCCCGACCAGGCACAGCGCCGGCCCCCGACAUCCGCAAUGUCCGCUCAAAGAUCGGCUCUACUGACAACAUAAAGCACCAGCCUGGUGGCGGGAAGGUGUCCUCUGCUUCUCAGAAAAGAGGCGUCACCUCCAAAGAAAGCAGCCAGGGCAAAGUUCACAUAGUCUCCAAAAAGCUGGACUUCAGCCACGUCACCUCACGCUUGGGCUCCAAGGACAAUAUGAAGCAUGUUCCUGGUGGAGGGAAUGUGCAGAUACUCAACAAGAAGGUGGAUGUAAGUAAGGUGACUUCAAAGUGCGGCUCCAAGGACAACAUCAAGCACAAGCCUGGCGGAGGCGUCAUGAAGACAGAGUCCCACAAAGUGAACUUUAGGGAAAACGCUCAGGCCGAAGUGGGAGCACAUGACAGCGAGGGCCAUUCUCCUGGAGGAGGGAACGUCCAGGCUGAGGGCCCCCAGGAGCCAGAGGGGAGUGGGACUGUCAUGACUGGCAGCCAGGCCCCAACCCCAGGCGCAGAGUCGGGGCCAGCAGGGGCCCCUAAUGCCCAGGAAAAUGGGCUGAAGGACGGAGCUCCCAGUGAUAGUGAGGGCCUCCGAGAGCCCCAGGUUCUGGACUCCCAAAUACCAGAGACAAAUUGAGUCUUUCAAGCUCAACUUCCGCGAGAAUGCUCGCUCUCGCAUGGACCACGGCGCUGACAUCACCCUCUGGCCAGCCCCCACCCCUCCAGACAACUGCAACAGUUCCUGUCUACAUAGUUCCUUGUUCUCCCAGCACCAUCAUCAAAGCCACCGCCCAGAUUCUUGCAGUGUUUUCCUCGUCGAGUCCCUGGCUUCCACCUGCUGCGUCAGCUCCUCCUCCCCCCCCCACACCUCCUUGCUCCAUCUGCAGGUGGAGCCCCAAGGUGGGGGGGACGGCGUGGGAGCAGCAGCUCUGUGAAGGGAUCCUGACCUUUUCAACCCCGUUUAUCUCAAAUCUGUUGUUGCAAAAUUAGAAUCAUGCAUUAGUUCUUCUCUCACAUCAUCAUGCGUCAUUGCCUUCAUCAUCACCACUUUGACCUGAAACACCUCGUUUAGACUGUGCUUGGUCCUGAUUAAUACUUUAUGUGAAGGAAAAUCUCCGGACGGCAAUUAUUUCUGAGUCCGGCAUCUUGGAAUCGUCGGCUUUCACGUGAAAGCCAACUGGUGGAUCUUCUAGAAAAACCGUCAUCAUCUGCCCUGCAUCCCCACCAAAUGGCAGCAGCAGUCUCUUCAUUAGUCACCACAACAUGUUGGAUUCCCUCCGGCCUUCGUCUCUUUCUUCCUCGUGACUGUAGGAACUGUUUUCCCCCCCCGUAACCAUGUACUCUCUGGUUCUAUAGCAUCGUAGUCAUUCAGUGUCCAUCUCAUCAUGGCUUCCUCUCUCUUCAUUAUAAUGUACCAAGCAGACUAACAACAAACAGAAGGCUGUUUGAAUAAUUUAGGCGGUUUAGCUCUUUAUUCUCUGUGUUUGUGAUGAGGUGUUUGAUUGAAAAGAUUUUAGGUAGAAACGAGCAUCUGUGUUAUGUUUGGAUCCUCUUUAUUUCCUUCUUUCAGUCUCAUCCCUUGAUAAUAGAACUAGGUUGUAUGUAUUCAAUCUAUACUGUUCAUAAAAAAGCAAUACAACUGAUUAUUAUUUCCUUUCUGUCAAGUAGUGCUCAGAAAAUCUUGGAAACACGCACAGGUUCUUGCAAACUAAGACACACAGUUAGGAGAUGCCAUUCAGAGGGACGAAGGAUGUUGCACAAACGAUGACGUAAAAGUUGACAGAUUGAAUAAAAAGUAAUUUUACAGUCGUGGGUAAAUAUCAGAUGUGUUGUGACUUAAGAGUUUUUAAAAACGUUGGAUAGGAUGUUUGCUGAAGUUGAGGAGCUUCGACUGAGCGCAGAGGGAGAUGAGGACGCUGCAGGUCUGAUUGCUUCUGAAACAAAAAGAGCUGUGUGUCUCAUAUGUGCCUCCUGUUUGUCUUACCUUAACAGAAAAAAAAGAAUGCCAGUAGAUAGAGCGAUGCAGUCUCACGCCUAAAACAGCUCAGAGAGAGUAUGGUGGAAUAUGAAGAGAUGUUCUAUUGUGAGCAGCCUGGUACUGGUUUGUACAUCAAGAUGCCCUGGUAGACUGUUGUUCCAUUUCAGGUGUUUCUGUGCGGGUCAGGUUAGCGUGUUUGUGGCAGUUGCUAAAGAUUCGGCCAAAUUUAGAAAUCAUCUGUAGGACAGUGUUCAGCGCUCAUCAGUGGGACAUGGUGACACUGUAUUCUCUUCUCUUGUAGCAACCUGUUGCCUCCUGAUGCCUUUCUAAUGCAUGGCGUGAAAAUAGAAACUCCUCCCCAAAGCUUAUUGGCGGCACUCCAUGUGUUGUUUUCUGGUAUUGCUUGUAUAAAUUUAGAAAAAUGGAAAUUAAUAGGAAGUCCUUAUGAUUCAGUGUUUAGAUUAUAAUCAUGCUGCUUCCACAUUGCACAUACUGAUUACACAGCUGAAACAUUGUUCUUUCAUUCUUUUAGCUGAAUGAUUUUCUGUUAUUCUGUGGUUAUUGGCUUUGUAAAACAAGUUUUGAUCUUUAUCAGUACUUCUAAUAUGUUGCUUUGUUAUAUUGAGGAUAUUGUAGGAAGUAGCUGCUUUUCUAGCUAAAGCCAUGCAUAUCACAAUAUUUAUACAGAGUCUGUUAGCAAACAGCAGUAGAUUAGCUAAAGUUUAAACUUAAGCAUUUGUUUGGCUAACAAUUGUAAGGUUACCAUUUUGUCUUAUCACCAGCUGCUUAGAAACUACUCAACUUUUUAGAAACUAUUAAUAUCUCCAGCCUUCUACAGGCUUCACCAUGGCCACCUGCUAGCUACCAGCUCCACCUGCCAGUUAGCGACUUUUGCGCUUGGCUAAUCUAAUUUGAGCAUGAGCUGACAAUAUCUGCUAUACCUCCCAAAAAAGUAUUGAUAAUUUUAACGAAAUAGGGCUCUGUAUUUGGUUUAAACCUGUAUUAAGGUGUAAACGCCUGUAUACUGUAUGCAAGACAAAUUAGCCGCAAAAAGCAACCUUUUAAAGCUAAUUCUGUGACAGGUACUCUGCUUUCCUUCCUGUUACUGAAUAUUUUAAGUCAAAGCUUGCAGACAUAAUAAAACUAUAUAAAUGAUUGUUUUUAUAAUAAGUUAAAUUUAGAAUGUAAAUUAUGUAUGUAAUACACUAAAUGCUGAGUUCAGAGCCUCUUGAAGUCGUAAUUCUUAAUAACAUGCCAACAAAUGUCAAUGCAGUUUAAUAAAGUCAGAUUUAUGCAGGAUAAAUGUCGUUCUAGUUUUAAAAUCCUUUAAAAAGGAAUAUUUUGUAAAGCCAAAUGCAUGACAAACAUGUCUUGCCAUUAGUUAAUCGUUUUAGCUUGCUAACUUGCCAGAAACGGAGCAGACAAUUGUUAGUGUUAUUCAAACUCUUAGAUGUUCUAAAUUAAGUUUACAACUUGUCUCAAAAAUCAGUGUUAAAAGGUGCAUUCAUUUAUUAUUUGAUGCUGACUUCACAUACUUAUUUUUUUUAUUGAUUCAAAAUGCAGAGCCUGAAAUGGCAAGGCAAAACAAAAAGUUUCCGACGCUAAUCGGUAAGUUGCCGUUUAGUCAGAUUAGCACUGGUCAAAAUAGCUUCAAAAUCUAGAAACAUCGGUUGUUUGACACAGAGGACCACUAAGACCAUCAUCAACUUCAACAAUAGCCAUAAUUAUGAUUUGUAGAAAAGCUUUGAUGAAGCUAAGCUGCACCUUAAUGAUUUCAUAAUAUAUCAUGGGAUUAACUGAGAUGGAGUGUAAUUCGACUUUUUAUGAAUAGUAACAUUAAUGUGAAUGAGCUUUCGCUUGGCAACGAUGAGGUUUUACCGUAUUUCUUCAGAUUGUUCCCUCAAGUCCCUCAAGUCUUGUUCAAGGGGUUUUCACUUGUUAAAAUCUUCAUUCUGACACAUAUGGCCAAUAGCUUGUACUUGCAGGAAGUGAGAUAAUUUCAUAUGCAAAUCAUGGCAUGUUGCUAAAUAAAGUGUAGCUUUGAUCUCUUAUUGUUUCAGGGCUGUUUUAGCUGAACUCUUCCACGUGCCUGUCCUUAACUAAAAUCUAGCUUUGCUUCUAGCCCUGAAUUUCCAACCGCCUCAACUUCUGAGAUUGUUCUUGGAUGUACAUAGAUGCACUGUUUAUGGCCCUGAAAUCUCCGAACAAACAGCUGCAGUUAUGGGUUUGUGGGUGGGGAAGGCUGCUUUUAUGUCCGUGUGGCUUUGCUGGUUUUUAAUGGGAGGACGCGUUUUUAUCAUGACUGUUAUGGCUGUUAUUUCUGAUCUACUUGUCUUGACAAAAUGGAAAGGGUCUGCCUUUUUUUCGUUCGAAAGGGGCCACUGAAGUGAAAGAAUGUCUUUUGAGAUAUAUUGUGCUAAAGACGCAACACUUUUGUACAUGUAUUUAUCGUUGUGUUCCUGUAGCCUCGUGGCGGGUUCGCCCUCAUGGUUGAAGGGGCUCGAGUUGGGAUUUUAUUUUUUUGCAGCAGCAGCAGCCAGUUUUAACGAUGGCAUCCGGAAGUCGUGCAGACAUUUACACCACAACACAAAUCUAAAAGGAAUUUAUUUGAAGUGCUAUAACUCCUUUAUCGAAAAUCCUGAAGUGAUAUCUAUCAUUGAGCCUAAUUAAUUAAGGUAUUUUUAACAAAUUUACUCAUGCUUAGGUAUGUCUGCCACCACAAGCCCAGUCUUAAGAGAUGAAAAUAACAAUGAUUAGUUUGAAAAGCAAGGAUGCAGUGACCUCCGGUUUAAGGGGAAAGUGAGAUGGGAGUGAUGCUUAAAGAACUGAUCCACCUAAGGCUGGCUGGUGUUAAGGGAGCUAAUACUGGCUACUAAUGGCACUUAGAGAGCAGCCGCCUGCCUGGGGGAGGUAGCGGUCAAGUUGGGCCUGCUUCUCUGAAACCUUUCCAAGGAGCGGGUCGAGCUUCAUCUAAACACGUAACACUAGCUAAUGAACACCUAGUAUACCUGCAGAGCAUGCUGAAAACCAACUAUGGCUUGUGUUUGGUAGACUUUCUCUCAUUUACAGAUCUUCCUCAUUGUUUUUGCGUGGGAUUAUAAUUUUUAUUCAAUAUUUUGAAUUUUAUUUUUUGGUUUGGAAAAAAAAGUGUUUAUUGUGAUUACUUGUUAAUUAGUGAUGUGAUUAUUAAACAUAAAAUAAAUUGGACUAAAUCU